AGGAGCCGCGCGAUGCGCGACUACGACGAGGUCAGCGCCUUCCUGGGCGAGUGGGGCCGCUUCCAGCGCCUCGUCUUCUUCCUGCUCAGCGCCAGCAUCAUCCCCAACGGCUUCAACGGGAUGUCGGCCGUCUUCCUGGCGGGCACCCCCGAGCACCGGUGCGCGGUGCCCCGCGGCGCCAACCUGAGCGGCGAGUGGCGCAACGCCAGCAUCCCGCUGGAGCUGCGCGACGGGCGGGCGGCGCCGAGCCGCUGCCGCCGCUACCGCCUGGCCGCGCUCGCCAACUUCUCGGCGCUGGGGCUGCGGCCGGGCGCCGACGUGGAGCUGGGCGCGCUGGAGCAGGAGCGGUGCCUGGACGGCUGGGAGUACAGCCGCGACGUCUACCGCUCCACCAUCGUCAGCGAGUGGAACCUGGUGUGCGAGGACGACUGGAAAGUGCCGCUCACCACCUCCUUGUUCUUCGUGGGGGUGCUCAUCGGCUCCUUCGUAUCGGGGCAGCUCUCCGACAGGUUUGGCAGGAAGAGUAUCCUCUUCUCCACUAUGGCUGUGCAGACCGGCUUCAGUUUCCUGCAGAUCUUCUCUACCAGCUGGGAGAUGUUCACAGUGCUGUUUCUCAUAGUGGGAAUGGGACAGAUCUCGAACUACGUGGUGGCCUUCAUACUGGGAACAGAAAUUCUUGGCAAGUCAGUUCGUAUUAUAUUCUCUACAUUAGGAGUUUGCAUAUUUUUUGCAAUUGGCUACAUGUUGCUGCCACUAUUUGCUUACUUCAUCAGAGACUGGCGGAUGCUGCUACUGGCUCUGACUGUCCCGGGGGUGUUCUGCGUUCCUCUGUGGUGGAUCAUUCCUGAAUCCCCUCGGUGGCUGAUCUCCCAGGGAAGAUAUAAAGAUGCAGAAGCUAUUAUCCGAAAGGCUGCGAAAAUAAAUGGCAUUCCAGCCCCAGCGGUGCUUUUCGACACCAUGGAGAUGCAGGAUUCGAAGCCUCAGCAGCAGCAGAAGGCUAUCCUUCUGGACCUAUUUCGAACCCGAAACAUUGCAACUAUUACUAUUAUGUCAUUACUUUUGUGGAUGCUAACGUCGAUUGGUUACUUUGGCCUGUCACUCAGCACUCCAAAUUGGCACGGAAAUGCCUACCUCAAUUGCUUCCUCUCAGCAGUUAUUGAAAUUCCAGCUUACGUGAUUGCCUGGCUUCUCCUCCGCUCCCUGCCUCGGCGGUAUUCAAUAUCUAGUACCUUGGUUUUAGGAGGAGGUGUUGUCCUCUUCAUUCGGCUGAUUCCUACAGAUUUUCAUGUACUGUCUGUUUUCCUGGUGAUGCUUGGAAAAUUUGGAAUCACAUCUGCAUUUUCUAUGCUUUAUGUCUACAAUGCUGAGCUAUACCCAACAUUAGUCAGGAACAUGGCAGUUGGAGCUACUUCCACAGCUUCCAGAGUGGGCAGCAUCAUCGCUCCUUACUUUGUGUACCUCGAUGCCUACGACAGAUUCCUACCUUAUAUCCUCAUGGGAAGCUUGACUGUGUUGAUAGGGAUCCUUACCCUAUUUCUCCCUGAAAGCUAUGGUAAUUCUCUCCCUGAGAACUUUGAACAAAUGCUGAGGGUGAAAUGUUUCAGAAAUGGACAACAAACUGCUGAUGUUAGGAAUUCAAAACAGAGUCCUAAAAUUCUGGUAACACCAUUGUGAAGAAGGCUGUACACUCUCAGAAGAGCUGAAAGAACAACAAAGUCUUCUCAAAAUGUAUUUUCUACCAGAGGAAAACAAACAGAAACCAACAGUCAAUGCUACUGCACCAUAGUUAUGAACCUAUUAUCCCCUUUUGCUACUGUACCAAAUACAUAGUUUACUGAACAGAUACUGUCUACUCCCAUAGGAUUGUUAGUCUGUAAUUCAGUGUCCUGGUAGUUCAGCAGAUACGGUCCCUGUCGAAGAUGGGAGCUGCAUGUGCUGCGAGUGUUUGAAGAGUAGGCUAGAAAUGAGUAUUAGGAAUAACACGGCAAUGACUCUAUUCAGUAAUGUACAUAAUGAAAGCGCUUAAGGGAAAACUGAAAGGCCAAUUUUUUUUUAAAAAAAAAAAAGACAGGUAACAUCAUGCUGGUGUUUUCUCUCACUGUGCAUAUCAUUUGGAAGAGGAGCAGCUGGGUACCUUUCUCAGCCUACAUCUCUAAAGGAAAGAUUCCAGCCUCCUUUGAAAUCUGUACCAAAUCCUAGUACACUUUAAAUGGAAUCAGAAUUUACUUGUAGCAAAGCACACACAAACUUCACUGUUUUUUGUUUUUUUUUUUUUUUUUUUUUUUUUAAUAAGACAUUGGAAUGAGUAUAUUUUGAUGGUCUGUACUUCUCCUAGGACUUGGGAUCUGGUUCUGAUCCAAUUCUCCCUGUAAAAUCUAAUGCUUUUUCACAAAUCCUGAGCCCACUGAAAUCACUAGGCUUCAUGGAUCAGCAUCUUUGUGGGGGAAGAAAUCUUUAAUAAGAAAUAUAGCUUCUGACCUACUUCUGAUGGGCAAUUUCCACUUUCAAAAGAAACAGGCUUCAGCAAAUUAUUCUAUUCGAACGUAAUGUGCAGUUUUAGCUACCAGAUUUUCAUGCUAUAUUGGCAUAAGCAGUUUUUAAGUAUCAUUUUGGGGGUGUUUUUUUUUUUCCAUUUCAUUUCUCCUUGAAUAUAUGCCAUAUUAUGCUAUACUUUCAGAGAAAACUCCUUCCAGUUUUGAAAGCAGCUACAAAAAUCUUUACACUAUUUGCAGAUAUAAAGGGGAUUUGAUGCUCACAGGUAUCUGAUGUUCUGUAUGGGAGUUGUUCACCUAUAGCUGCUGAAAACUCUGAAAAGGGGCUAAUUUGGAAUCACACAGUUAAUUCUAAACAAACAUCAAUAAAGCCAGUGUUGUUUUUCAAGUUCUACAGGUCACGUGCAUUUUUUAUUAAGUACACUAAAGCAAUAUUAGAUGAAAAGACAAAUGUAGUAUAGUUUAGAGUUGUGCUAUUGCUGUUUUAUAAACACUACAUGGUUAAAAAAAUGUACAAUAUUUAUUGGCUGCACAUAGACGUUUUGGUCAUAUAAAGUUUAUCAGACCUGGUAGACUGAUUUUUAUCCUCUAAGUAACAAUAAGCCAUGAUUCACUUUCUAUAACAGCCAACAGAAGCAUGAAGUUUCACCUCUAAUAUGAGCGUUCACGGCAAUUUGUCUGCUGCUGGCCCUUUACACAGGAAUGAGUAAGUUCAAGCACAAAUACAAAAUUUUGUAAUGUUUAAAUACAAGUAACUUGUGCAACUAUUUCAAGCUGCUAUCUGAGACAUGGAAAUACCACUUCCUUUCAUAUUAAUUUUCUGCGGUCAUGCUUUUGCCAUAAAUGUAAUACAGCACAAGGCAACCAUUAUCCUGUGAUCCCUCACAUUGCCUCAUCUCUUCUCAAGCUGGAAUCUAAUGACAGAAGUAUUUAAUUUUGUUUUUACUUAUUAUAAAGAUAUCUAUAGAAUAACUAUUUUGACUUAACUAGAUUUCUCAACAAAACCUUUUUAUCAGUGUGAGACAGUUUGGAAGACUUGGUUAAAUACAGGUGGUAUAUUUUUAUGAAGAUUUUUAUAUUAAGUUGGUACAUCUUUUAUGUGAUCAUAGGCUCAGAUACUUCUAAGAGGCAAAUAUUUUUAUAUUCUUGAACUCUGUAGUGUCUUAAAGUCUAGUAUUCCUUUUUUUAACUAGGAGAAAGGGUUGUGGGUUUUUUUAAUGUCUUGUUUUAAUCAGUUUCAUUUUUCUUCCUUACACUGUUAUCUAAAACUAGUGCCAACAUUUUAAUAUUUUAAUGGCAAAUUAAAAAAAAAUUAACAAGAGUGGCAUGCAGUUCUCAGAAGUACGUGAGGUUGUUAUGAGGACUUUAAAUAAUGUUUGAGCUUAGUGAAAAAGAGAAAGGGAGAUUGCUUCAGCUGAUGAAGCAUUUGCAAAGAAAUUUUCUGUUCUCUGCCAGUAAGUCUUUCACAGUCUUGAACAGUGAUUCCUAAAGAAACUCAAAGAGCAAUAGUCUGUGAAAGACUGAAAAGGGAAUGAAGUUGUAUGGCAGGAGUGCCAGUUCUGGCACGCUACUAUUUUUUUAAUUGUAAGGCUGAAGAAAGCAAUGUUUUUUUAAUAGCUUUUCCCCAAAAUUAAAUUUAUUGCUAGUGAACUAUCUAAGCCUUCACUGCAAUCUUCAGAGACCUGUCUACAUGUCAAAUACUCGGUGGGGCUCAGUAUAGGACCUUUGUGUUUAUGAGCAACUCGGAUUAUUGUGUAAAGCUCUGAGCUAAAGAUGGGGAGAAGGACUGGCUGGAUUGCUCCCACUGAGUUCAGCGGGAACUGUACUAUUCCUCAUAUGUCACUUCUGUCACAUUUACUAGAGUUUAUCUGUGUAAUCUUUUACUCUCAGUAAGACCUGAAGCUAACUUAUUGGAUCUGUUAAAACAUAAAAAAAAGUAGCCGUUGUCACUUGUUAACUUUUGUCUUUAUUGUAAUAAAAAUGUGC